CCCUUUUUGUUCGCUUUUGUUCGCUCUUCGACCUAUUCCCUCUCUCUCGUUUCCAUCUCGAUCUCCGCACAAGAGAAGGAUCAAUCGAUUCUCCAAACUCCAAUUCCAGUUAAUGGCGCUCAAACCAACUGUGGCUCUACGGGCCCUCCUAGUCGGUGGGAUAGCUGCAUUUGCGAAGGUGGCCGGAGCGAUGAAGGCCGCAGGAGGGGUGAAGGUGGGUGCAGCCGCAGCUGCCAUGACAGCAGCGGCAACCGCAGCAAUCUCAGGAACCAAAGGGGGAGAGAAGGAUCAUGCCAAACAGGAUGUCAAGUGAGAUGAUAUACUUUGGCGGUCCGUCGUAUUAAUUUCGCUCAGUAUUGUCAAGAAUGGCAGAACACUUUCGCUUAGACAUUCUGCCUUUCAAAAGAAGUUUUAGAUUUUGCGACAAUAUUUGGAGAACAGUGUUCUUUUUCCCCUUGAAUUUUAAUCUCAGGAGAGGAGGUUUUUGUGUUCCUUGUAUCUAUAUAUUUUCUUGUUAGGAGGGAAACCUUAUGAUACCUUGAAUUAUAUGUAAGGAAAUCAAGCAUCCUGGUGUAUGGAAAUCUAAACUAUCUUUACACCAAUUUACACACAGUAAUUAGUAUCAUGGUAUUUACUUGUG